CCUUAGACACGCAUACAAAAAAAAAAUCUGCUUGCGUCUAUAAGGCUGAUAUUACGGUCUUGAGACCCAAACAAUAUGGCGGCCUCCGUAAAGUGCAUUUGUGUAACAUAGCUCUAGUUUCCCAAUAUUCUAUAAAACCUUUAAUGCUAAAGUCUUAGUUUCUGUUGGAAUCACCUGAGAAAAUAAGCUUGAUAACAAAUUUAUCCUCUGGUAGGCUAACUGUACAUGCCUCACAUGUUGACAAGGAAGCUAUCGCCAGUGCAGAGCAUCUGGUUUCUGGUAACCAAGAGGGCCAGUCACGUCUCCAGACAGCUAUAUGAUGUCAUCGUUGUGGGUGGAGGUCACGCCGGAACAGAGGCGGCGGCUGCAGCAGCCCGGGCUGGCGCGGAGACCCUCCUUGUCACACAGAAAAUACAAACAAUCGGCGCCCUGUCCUGUAAUCCAUCUCUGGGAGGAGUAGGCAAGGGCCAUCUGGUAAAGGAGAUAGAUGCUCUGGAUGGGCUCUGUGGCAGAGCUGGGGACUGGGCAGGGAUUCAUUUCUCCAUCCUGAAUCGUAGAAAAGGGCCCGCUGUGUGGGGGCCGAGAGCUCAGCUGGAUCGCCAGCGCUACCGGGAGUUCAUUCAGGCAGAGCUGCUGUCUACUCCCAGGCUGACGGUGCUGGAAGGCUCAGUGGAGGAGCUUCUGGUGACGGAUCCAAAUCCUGAAGAACCUGGGGUCCACAGCGUUACUGGGAUACGUUUAGCCAAUAGCAGCCAUCCGAUCUCUGCCUCGUCUGUGAUCCUCACCACGGGUACUUUUUUGUCCGGCUCACUCUUCAUGGGCCAAACCACAUCCCCUGGAGGCCGGAUCGGAGAUGCUCCGUCAAGUUCUGGUCUGUCCCAAACGCUGAGGGAGAGGCUGGGUCUGAGGGUUGGAAGGCUAAGGACCGGAACCCCACCCAGAAUUUUAAAGGAUUCAGUGGACCUCUCCCUGGCCAAGCUUCACCCGCCCGACAGCAACCCGACACCGUUUAGCUUCAUGAAUACUCACACACGCUGCAAGCCUGAAGAGCAGCUUCCUUGCUACCUAACCUACACAACUCCAGGUGUGGAGAGAGUGGUGAGGGAGAGUCUUCAUCUUAACUGUCACAUACAGCAAGACACCAAAGGUCCCAGAUACUGCCCCUCCAUAGAAUCGAAAGUGCUGCGCUUUCCAGGAAGAAGUCAUCAGGUGUGGUUGGAGCCCGAGGGGGUGAAUUCUGAUCUUUUGUACCCACAGGGUCUUUCCAUGACCAUGCCUCCUGACGUGCAGCUCCGACUUAUUAGGGAAAUCCCUGCCAUGCACCGAGCUGAGAUCCACACCCCAGGGUAUGGUGUGCAGUAUGACUAUGUGUGUCCCACCCAGCUCAGUCCGGCGCUGCAGGUGAAAAAUACUCAGGGGCUUUUUCUGGCCGGUCAGAUUAACGGGACGACGGGAUACGAAGAGGCUGCUGCACAGGGUUUGUGGGCGGGGCUGAACGCUGCCCGCUGGGCACUGUCUCUGCCUCUGGUUGGGUUGUCUCGAACUGAGAGCUAUAUCGGCGUGCUAAUCGAUGAUCUGGUGAGCCGAGGAGUUAAAGAGCCUUACCGCAUGUUCACCAGCCGGGCUGAAUUUCGCACUUCUCUAAGACCAGACAACGCUGACCUCCGCCUCACAAUGAAAGGAUAUGAGUUAGGAUGUGUGUCAUCUGUGCGUCACAACGAGGCUGUAAGAGUGAAGAGAGGUCUCCAAGAUGCAAUAUCCUCCCUUCAGGCUCUCACCAUGUCCACAACCAGAUGGAGGAGGAUGUUACCUGGGAUUAGUGUGAGUGAGAGCAAGAACAGCUCGCUGAGCGGGAUGGAUUUGCUGCAGUACAAGGAUGUGUCUUUUGAAAUGUUGGCCUCUGUCUUUCCCGAGAACCUUUCAGAGUACAUGGAGUUCUCAGAGAGACUCAAAAUAGAGGCUGUGUACAAGCCUCACUGUGACCAGAGCAAAAGAGAGAUAGAGAGAAUUCAAAAGGAGGAGAACAUGACUCUGCCACAGAACAUCGACUAUUUCACUCUACCGGUGUCUCUCUCUCAGGAAGUCAGGGAAAUCCUGGACAGGUUUCGACCCAGCACUCUGGGUGCUGCUACCCGUCUGGAAGGCAUGACUCCUGCUGCACUCGUCACACUUUUCAACUAUGUACAGUUUACAGGAAAAGAGGCGAGGACGACGAACAGGAAGCAAACGGAUCAUGAGGAGGAUCUAUGCACCAGAAAUGCAUCUUUACCUCAAUGA